AUGGGGAGUGUGAACUCGCUGUCUAGGAAGAUUGACAGGCUGACUGCACUGAACAACCAGUGGAUUUAUACAGAAAGCAGCCUGUUCAUCUUUAUCGAGAAAUGGCUAAACCACCUCGUACUAGAUGCUAAUGUGGACCUGCCAGGAUUCACUGCACUGAGAGCCACCAGAGACGCUAAAGUUUUGUGGGAAAUGGAAAUGUGGGGGCCUGAUCAUUUUCUACUGCCCAUCAUUUCUGUGCUCAUUGUUGUUCUAAAUCUGCUAGUCAUCAUCUCCAUCUCUCACUUCAGGCAGCUUCACAAAGCAAACAACUUCCUGCUUCUGUCUCUCGCCAUUUCGGACUUCUUGAUAGGUCUUGUUUUCUUUCCAGGUGAAAUGGUUAAACUGACAACUUGUUGGUUUUUUGGUGAUCUCAUGUGUUUAUUGUAUUCAUAUAUCCUUGUUCUUAUUCUCUGUGCAUCAGUCGGAAAUAUAGUAUUGGUAUCUGUAGAACGCUAUGUGGCUAUUUGUUACCCACUGCAGUACCACAGGAGAAUAACUGUAACAAAAAUACAAGUAUGCAUCAGUCUGUGUUGGUUCUGUUCAGCUGUCUACAGCAUAACGUUUGUGAAGGAUGGUUUAAGCCAAAUUUCAGCUUCUUGUCAUGGAGAAUGUGUGUUUUUCAUACCAUAUUCUGUUUUAGUUCUUGACCUUUUUUUAACCUUUCUUCUUCCGAUUUCUCUAAUUAUAUUUCUGUACAUUAGAGUAUUUCUGGUGGUUGUUUUUCAGGCUCGAGCUAUCCGCUCCCAUUUCACAGCACCACAACAAGGUCCAGUGACAGUAAGAAAGUCUGAAUUGAAAGCUGCCAGGACCAUUGGUUUUAUAGUGCUUGUGUUUGUAAUAUGUUUCUGUCCUUACUACUGUGCUUAUCUUGCAGGUGAAAUUUCAUUUAAUGCGUCAACUACUGUUCUGUGUAUUUUCUGUAUUAACUCAUGUCUCAACCCUAUGAUCUAUGCCAUGUUCUAUCCCUGGUUCAGAAAAGCCAUUAAACAGAUUGUGACAUUUAGCAUAUUACAGCCUGGGUCCAGCAAAGCAGAUAUAUUAUAG